CUUUGACUCCCAAGAGAACACCAGGUGCCUCUACAUCUCACACAACAACCACACACUCCACUCCCUCCCAACUCGGAACUGCAGCUCCAUUCCAAAGGGCUCUGGUCGGCCUGUAUCUCAACUCCCAGUGAAUAUAAGCCCUUGCACGGCCAGCAUGUCCGCCAGCAUGUUUCGAACGACCGCAACCCGCUCCCUCCCGCGAUCCCUCACCCUCGCUCAAUCCAGCGUUGUUCGGUCGAACCUGUGCAACAAUGUGCUCAGGGCCACUUUGAAGACGUCGGCUCGUCCCGUCAGAGCUUCUAACUUCGUCGCCCUGACCGCGUUCCAACCAGCGCAGAAGUCCAUGGUCCGAUACGCACACGUCGCGGCCGACUACGAUAUUAAGAAGGCUGAAGCCGCUUUGGCAGAGCAAAAGAUCACCGCAACUCCAGAAUCAGUCUCUGCGGUGUCGUCGAUUAACCCAGUCGCCAGCGGAUCGGCUGACCACGAGCAAGAUGUUGAUAUGAUGGCGGGGAUUCGAGGUGAUUUUAACACCAUCAAGGACACCUUCUCCCUGAAAGAAGUCCCUCGUGAAGCCCUCUACGUCGGCUUGGCCGGUGUUCUUCCCUACCUGGCAACUUCCCUCACGACCGUCUACUUGUCCUUUGAUAUCCAAUAUGCCGCACAUCACGGCCAGGGAUACUUCCUGUCUGGCGAGACUGCUGAGCAGCUUCUGCAUCUCAUUGAACCCAUCCAGCUUGGCUAUGGUGCUUCUAUCAUCUCCUUCCUGGGUGCUAUUCACUGGGGUCUGGAAUGGGCCAAGUUUGGAGGUGUGCAGGGUUAUAACCGAUACUCGAUGGGUAUUCUUGCUACCGCCGUGGCAUGGCCGACUCUCCUCCUGUCUGCAGAGGUUGGCCUGAUCACACAAUUCCUCGCCUUCACUUUCUUGUACUACAAUGAUGCGAAAGCUGCCCGAGCUGGCUGGGCCCCAGCGUGGUAUGGAACAUACCGAUUUGUGCUGACCUUUGUGGUGGGAGCUUCUAUCGUGGCUUCGUUGAUCGGACGUGGCCAGAUCGCAGAUUUGGUGACGGCUCCUGAUGCCCCAGCCAACAAAUUGAAGAUGCUCCGUGCUCAACAACUCGACGAGGUUGGACCAGAGCCCGAGGCCGACGAAGAGGAGGCCGAGGAGGAGGAUGAAGAAUAGAUUAACUGUGAAGGGUUCCAGAAGCUUUAGGUGAUUUGAUUGGGGGAUUUGAAAUGAAAUUUGCAGCUCCUUCUGAGAGACAGAGAGAAGAGAGAAAAGGCAGCUCGUUGGCCCGUGCACCGAGGCUUACUGUUGUACAUACAUAUCCAAGCAGGAGAAGAGAGAAUUCCCGUAUUCCUUUGUUCAA